AUGCCAGUUUCUUCUGAUCCAGAGGUGGCGAAUCCUACGCCCUCGAUCGAGGAGUCCGACAGCGGUGCCAUCGACGAUGGCGACGGCGAUGAUGAAUUGUCAGGCGCCCCCCCGAGAGACAUGCACCUAGCCUCCGGUCUUGGCGUCACCCCCGUCAUGAUUCAGCGAAGCAUCAGCGCGAAGCGACGAGAGGCAAAGGGUAACUGCUCUGACAAUCGCAUCCAGGAGCUUCUGCCCUUUCCUUUUGCGCCGAAUAUCAGGCCGUUGACCAUAUCCGACUUGCAGUCCUGCGUUGCGUUGGAGAAUGCUGCAUUCCCUCAUCCGGAGCACAGAGCCACCCCCGAGAAGUUCGAAUACCGCCUCACUACCUGCCCAGAGCUGAGCCUGGGAAUCUUCUGCACUGUCGUCCCUGAUCAUGCAAAGGACUUCCAGGUGGAGACACUGGCGACAGCUCACCCGGUCGAGACCGAUCGAGCGGACCACGCCGUGAGCGUUCUCCUAGCUCACAUCAUCGCCACGGCCUCUAAUGCGGAGGUAGUCACCGACAAGGACAUGAGCAUCCCGGCGGGCUGGAGGGCGGCUCACGGGAAGAAGGCCGAGGUGGGCCAUCAGGAAGGCGGCCGCACGGUGUGCAUUCACUCCCUCGCCGUGGCGCCGAAGCUCCAUGGUUGUGGCCUGGGCAAAUUAAUCAUGAAGUCGUACCUUCAGCAGAUCAACAACUCUGCCGCUGCGGAUCGUAUCGCUUUGAUUUGCCAAGAUUAUCUGGUAUCCUACUAUGAGCGCUUCGGCUUCAAGCACAAGGGAGAAAGCAAGGCAGAGUUUGGAGGAGGUGGCUGGCACGAUAUGACCUUUGACUUUGCCGGUUCUGAUAAGCCGCCCAACUGA